AUGAAAUUAAUUUCAAUUAUUUGCCUCGUCUUACUUUCAAUUGCCUUUGCCUCUGCUCAUCGUUAUGGUUGUGGUAGUGUACAAUGUGCCGAUGGAACCAUCUCACUCACCAAGUUUGGUAUUUGUGCUUGCAUUGAUAUUCCAAAAUGUCAUGAUGUUGUCCUCUCAACCAAAGUAGUAGCCACUUGGGAUGUAAAUGGUGCUCAUUUCACUCAAUACGAUGUUACCAUUACUAAUAACCUCGAAUUCGAUAUCAAAAACAUCUUUAUCGGUACCUGCAAUAACUUUAGACUCAAGGAUAAUGACAACCACAACCUUUGGAACAUGGAACGUUGUGCCGAUAAUGAAUUAACCUUACCAAAAGUUCAACCAUCAAUCAAUAAGAAUGCCUCUUAUACAUUUGGUUUCAUCGUAUGUGGUACUCCAGCUGAUCAACCAAACUUAGCUAUUUUAGCUGUUACCUAUUAA